UUGAAUUCGCCCAAAAUACCCCGCACUAAAAUAAAAUCACAUGCAACAUAAGAGCAAGUGAGUAUGACCUCUCUCGACUAGGAGCCUUCCUUUCCCUCUCGCCACAACGAUCGCUACAUGAUAGACCAUCUCGUGGGACGUCCUAGUCCCAACUGGAAAAGAACCCAGGUUUUCCUUGUCAUCUUGUUCUGGGUCUGGAGAUUAGUUCGAGGGAACCCGAAAGGCCCUUCAUUCCUCUGGCUCGAGCUCAUCAAUCGUCGGCUGCAGAAGUACACACCGUGGCAAGUGGUCUUGAGCACUUUGACGGCGGUCUACGUUGUGCGUAACUUCGACAAGAUCCUAGGACUUCAGUCUCCUGAACCUCACGCCCGUUUGUAUUCACCUUCAUAUUAUCGUGCCACAUGGAUCAACACGGGUCUUGACGCCGGCUUCGCGACUGCUACAGCUAUCCGGACUAAAUGGAUUCGCGAUAUAUGCUCGAUCGUGUUCUCUCUCUACUACAUCCUGUAUCCCAACGAAGCGGACGAGAAGUUGCGGCGGUUUAGAUCCGUUCCAACAGUGGAAGUGCUGCGCCGAUGCUGGGAGAAGACCUCCAAUCCUUAUAUCCGUGCUGUGACCCAUCUGCCCCAUGUCGCUGUGCGUCGGAAAAUCAUCAUACCACGGCCUUCGUCUUCAACGUACGACCGACCCAUCGUCGCUUACCUCUUCUUCUCCGGUUCCGAAAAACACCUGAGGAAUGCUGCCGAUCUUAUCUUGGACUUUCCUGGAGGUGGCUUUGUUGCAAUGUCGCCGGAACACCACGAAGAAAGAUUAAGAAUGUGGACGCGGUCCACCGGAAAGCCCGUGCUCUCCAUAGACUAUGGUAAAGCACCCGAAUUUCCAUAUCCGUUCGCCAUUGACGAAGCAUUCGAUACGUACAAGGUCCUUGCGGAGUCUGGUGCGCUGAUGUGCGAUGUUCUGGGAGAGUCUGCUGACGUUGCGCAAGGCGGGGCCCUGAUCGGGAUGUCGACAAGAAAGCUGAACUUUGUGGUUACCGGUGACUCUGCAGGGGCCGCCCUCGCUGCGAACGUGGUGUUCAAGAUAAUCGAGCAUAACGAAACUCACGAAAACCGACUACUUCAACUUUACAUCAUGGAUGAGCCAAGAAAACUGCGAGUGUUGAGAGCCGAAGAUGCGACGGGAAAUCUAAGCGGGCUGGAGGAUAUGAUGGCCCAGAAAGACCACCUCAAGCAUGUGAGUCCGUUGAGUAUGGUGGGGGAGAAACGGCGGCGGCGCAGGCCAGCUAGGAAAGAACAGAGCUGGAAGGAUGCCAUUCGGGCCGCGGCUUCUGGGAGUGGCACCGAGAAAGAGUCCGACAGUCCUGUGCCCCGGAAGAAACAUUCGGGAUCGCUCCGGACUCCCUCGCAGCCGAGAAGCACCUUUCUCGAACCUCGCAAAGAGGACGCAGAUGCUGAAUCUGACGAAGACUAUGACCAUUAUCGAGAAGAGGACCGGCCCAUCGGUGCUCGUGUGUUCAGGAUCCCUCGCACCAACUCGGCGGUCGUCCAGCAACAGCAAGAUCUGUCGGUGGCGGUCGAGGCUGCAAAUACCAAAGCCACAGAAAACUUCGGCAAAGGCAAGAAGAAGGAGCCCAUUGGGACGCGCUUGACGAUGACAUCGAGGACCGGGUAUUUCCAGGACCGAAUCAUCACCCCAAGCAUGAUGCGAGCCAUGGCAAUCCUCUACAUUGGUCCGUAUCACAAUCCGGACUUCGCAACAGACUACCAUCUGUCGCCCAUUCUUGCUCCGGAUCGAUAUCUGUACCAGUUCCCGAAUCUGCUGAUGCACUGCGGAGAAAAGGAUCCGUUCCUGGAUGACACAGUAAUCUUUGCGGGUCGGGUCAGAGAGGCUAAGAGAGCUCGAAGAGCGGAGUUGGAGCUCAAGAUCGCCGGGAAGAGCGCCCGCUUCGGUGAAAGCCUGCGGAUGACAAAUGCACCCGUUGACAUCGCUGCGCUCCAGCAAGAGCGUGACAAACUAGCUGCGCAAACAGAAGAGGAUUGGGUGCAACUGGUGAUCUGGUCCGAGUGGUCGCAUGGUUACCUGCAGAUGGCCGCCCUCAUGGCUGAAGCUAAAGCGGUCAUCGAAGAAUUGGCCGAGUGGAUCGAUGGGGCUUUCAACAACCACUGCGAGCUCCCUUACGUCUCAAGGCGACGAGACAGCCCAUCAAAGAACGUUCCUCCCACCUCCGAGCCCGAGACCGACGACAGCGGGAUCACUUUUGCGGUCCACAACAGAUCUCUUUCCGGGGGCAAUUCGAGUGAGCGAGUUGCUCCCGAGCGCCUCAUGAGUGGUCAGGUGAUCACAGAGAGCGAAAUGAUGCGCAGGCGAAGAUUACUCGAUUCCCAUGUCUUCGAGUGAACCUAGAUGUAUGCUUCCAGAACUGUAAAAUAAUCAAUUUGCCAAUAGACCUGUACCAUGCAGUUGCG